AUGGCUGCUGUUCCUACAGCAGAACACAGAUUUCAGAUACCUGCACGUUCAGGCGUCGCGGUCGAAUUGAAACAGAAGCAAACGAUCAAAAUUGUCAACACACAUGGUAACCAGGUCAUCGACUUCUGGGCCGUCCACUGGAUCUCGGACCAACAUCCAGCAUUCCUCUCAAUGUCUCACUCCCGUGGUGCCAGUCUGCAUCUCAGCCCACUGGUGGGAGACAUACUAGUCACCAAUGCUCGUGCUCCAUUGUUGAAACUGGUCGAAGAUACCACACCCGGCGUGCAUGACACACUCAUCGCCGCCUGUGAUCCUGAGCGAUACCGGCAACUCGGUGCUCCUAGCCAUGCGAACUGUGCCGAUAAUUUUUUCAACGCAAUCAAGCCGUGGGGGGUCGAGAGGAAGGCUUCUUUUCACACUCCGCCCGACCCGUUGAACCUCUUUAUGAAUAUCCCUGUUCUGACACGAGAAGCGGGGAGUCAAGGGGGUGGGCAUGAACAGAAUCCAACGGCGGGUGGUGAGAUCAAGUUUGAAGCUCCUCUCACCGAGAAGGGCCAGUUUGUCGUCUUUGAAGCUCUUGAUGAUGCUGUCAUUGUUAUGAGUGCGUGUCCUCAGGAUUUAGUCAAUGUCAAUAAUGGAGAACCAACCGAGGCGCAUUUCGAGAUUAGUGGGUGA